AUGAAUUGUCUAUUGUUGUCACGAGUAGCUCUAGUGGCCAGGGCCACUCCUACCCUCGCAAGGCCUGGCAACCUAUACUUCCCGCGAUGCCUAGCCACGGCUGCAAAGUCGUCUAGCACGAACAAGCUCCCGCUAGCAGGGGUUCGAGUAUUGGACAUGAGUCGAGUACUGGCAGGGCCAUACUGCACGCAGAUUCUUGGCGAUUUGGGAGCUGAGAUUAUCAAAAUUGAACACCCUGUUCGAGGCGACGAUACCCGCGCGUGGGGCCCGCCCUUUGCUGCAUACACAGACGGCCGUACGGGUAAUGGCGAAAGCGCCUACUACCUGUCCGUCAACCGCAAUAAAAAGUCACUCGGUCUAUCAUUCGCACACCCCGAGGGCGUCGAAAUCAUACAACAACUCGCCCGGGACUGUGACGUCCUUGUCGAAAACUACCUCCCAGGCUCUCUAAAGAAAUAUAACCUCGACUAUGCAUCCAUCAGAAAAAUCAAUCCUCGUCUGGUUUAUACAAGUAUCACGGGGUACGGUCAAACGGGACCAUACAGCAACCGGCCCGGCUUCGAUGUCAUGGUCGAAGCUGAGUUUGGACUGAUGCAUUUGACGGGUACGCGUGACGGGCCACCUGUUAAGGUCGGUGUCGCGGUGACAGAUCUUACGACGGGGUUAUAUGCGUGUAAUUCAAUCAUGGCGGCGCUACUAGCGCGGGCAAAUACGGGGGAAGGACAGCAUCUUGAUGUUUGUCUGAGCGAUUGCCAGGUUGCAACGCUGGCUAAUAUGGGAGAAUCGGUAUUGAUUAGUGGGAAGAAAGACUCGGGGAGAUGGGGAACUGCUCACCCAUCCGUCGUGCCAUAUCAAGGAUUCAAAACCGCCGAUGGCGAUAUCUUUGUUGGCGGCGCAAAUGACCGUCUUUUCAGCAUACUCUGUGAGAGGAUCGGCAAGCCUGAGUGGAAGGAUGAUGCCCGAUUCAUGACCAAUAAUGACCGCGUGACAAAUCGUGCUGAACUGGAACCCUUAAUCGAAGCGGAGCUUAUGAAGCGAACCACACGGAGGUGGCAGGAAAUUUUCGAAGGCAGUGGUCUGCCAUAUGCAGCGGUCAACGAUAUUCAAGGGACUAUGAACCAUGAACAUGUACAAGCCCGCGGGAUGGUCCAGGUGAUUGACCACCCAGCUUGUGGGCCGAUCAAGGUGAUCAGCCCGCCAGUCAAGUAUUCGAAUGCAGAGCCAAGUAUUCGUAGUCCACCUCCUUUAUUGGGCGAACACACGGACGAGUUGCUUCGAGGUGUUGUGGGUCUAAGCGAGGAGCGCAUUGAAGAGCUGAAGAAGAAAGGAGUGGUUGCAUGA